CGUAUCUCGAUCGAGUAUUAACGUGAAUCAGAUCACGAUCACGGUACGAUCGAAAAGUUCUUCGUUGAGAAAGGCUUCGAAGGAUCUUUUGAACUCUGCAAAAAAGAUGCCUUCUAGAGCUCUAGCUGCAAGAGAAAUGUUUCUAACCUAAAACUGAUACUUGUCUAAGGUCCUACUACGGUUACUUUGCGAUAUAGAGAAAUCUAACCUAACGGUGUAUUAUAUUUUUGGGUGAAUGGGGGGAAAUGAAAUUCAAAUACGACACUCCGGGCGGCAUAAACUCUGGUUCCGCCACUGUUUAGAAACGACGUUCAGUCGCGAAUCGUAAUCGGGCAAUGAAAGUGGGAUAGGUUUAUCUCUCGAUAAAAGAAUACCGUACAUAUAUACGCGUGUAAAAAUGGAUGGAGAAACGUCGGAACGUCGACUAAGCAAACGCGAUCGUCGCUGCAAUCGUUACGGAAUGAAAAUGGGUGUUCGUGUGACGGUGUUGAUGCUCGGCAUCGGUAUCGGUUCCGUGUUGUUUGCUUAUGCAGCGUUUGCAUCUCCGAACGACACUACCAACGACAAGCCAUCUGUACAACAAGUGAUAUUCAUUUUUCGCCACGGUGAUCGGACUCCCACGCAAUCGUAUCCAAACGAUCCGUACCGUAACUACAAAUGGGAAAACGGCUGGGGAGCGCUGACGAAGGAUGGCAUGCUUCGAAUGUACAACGUCGGCCGAUGGAUCCGCGACGUAUACGGCUCGUUAAUUGGCGUCAGAUACGAGAGCAGCUUAUUACUGACGCAAAGCAGCUACGCGGAUAGAUGCAUUAUGUCCGCGCAGACUUUGCUCGCUGGUUUGUACACACCGACCCCGGAGGAAAUCUUCGUUCCGGGAUUAAAUUGGAGACCCGUGCCGGUCCAUUCCAUUCCCAGAAACAUGGAUAAGAUGAUCGCGGUCAAGGCCCCCUGUCCACGGCUGGAGGAAGCUCUGAAAGAGGCGUACGCGAACGAGUCUAUGCGCCCGGGAACCCCGUCGGCCGAUUAUUAUCGACAACUUUCCGAGCAUACCGGGGAAAAUGUCGCCACGAUCACCGACGUCGAGGCCCUUUACAAUACGUUAGAAAUCGAGGAAAAUAAUGGCUUGAAAUUGCCCGAGUGGUCGACGACAUUCUACAACGAAGAGAUGCGCGAUAUCGCGGCUCGCAGUUUGGCCAUAUUUACCAGCGAUACAUUGCAGCAACGACUUCGCGGAGGUCCGUUGCUCAAAGAAAUCAUAGAACGCAUGCAAGCCGCGAAAAGUGGCACAGAUACAAGGCGAGCAUAUCUUUAUUCCGCACAUGACAUAACUCUCGUUAACGUGCUGAGAACCAUGGGAUUCACGAGCGAAUACGUUAAGCCUGAUUACGGCGCGACACUCGUGUUCCAACUGCACGCUAUACCCGGCACUGCGGAGGACGCGGAAGUAAAGCUAAUGUACAUAAACAAUACAGACACUAUUAAGCCGUAUCCCAUGAAAAUACCAAACUGCGGCACGCCUUGUCUACUCGGAAACUUGACCUAUCUAUGGAGAAACGUGAUUCCCGAUAACUGGGACGACGAGUGCAUACUGUGAUACAUAUUUCCCUUUCGAUGCAAUCCGUCCUGCUCUUCUUUUAUACAGAUACUUACAACCCGGUUUGCUCGAGAAACGAACGAAACGCGAAAGCUCGUGCACCUAGACUUUUAAGGAGAAAAAAGAACGCGGUGCACGCAUUCGGUCUCGGAAAUGAACUAGAUGGCCUUGCCGUUUGCGCACAGCACAGUACACCGCACCGUACCGUAUCAUACGAAUCAAUUCUAAUUCGAGCGAAGCUGGUUAAGAUUACUAAAUUGGCACAAAAUCGUUUAACCAGGAUGUGUCCGCGUUGCUUACGCAACAAAUGACACUGGAUGUUUUGCAUGUCUCGUUACGCAAUACGAGAACGAUUAUUACGAACAGUCUUUUCCGUUGAAUUCAAAUACUCGAACGGAAGAUACGUGAGCAUCGAUUAAACGUCAUCGAACUGGCAGCGUAUCGACCGAGAUAUCGUACCGUCGAUCACCAUCGAACGAUUCAAAUUUUUUAUAACACCGAUCAAAUCGAUGAACGCUACGACAACGCGUAAACGUAUACGUAUAUUAUAAUAUCAACAAGCAUCUGUAUGCACGCACGUAUGCGUUGUGACUACCGUGAUUGAUCAUCGAUCAGCAAAUAAUAAUUAUAAAACUGUCCUUCGUGAUUUUCAAUGUUCUACGAGAAUCCUGUUACUUUCUUACUUUGCUUUAUAUCUUAUGUCUUUUAUGUCCUUCUGGAUAAGUAGGUAGGUAAGUAAAUAGAUACGACCCACUUAAUCUACCAAUAACGCGUUACACUGCGCUCAAUUAAAGAUAAAGCUGAACGUGCACGUGUUUCACAACAUAAACGAUCUACGUAUCUGCCACAUGCUGUGACAGCCAUUUACUUACAUACGUACAAGUCGUAUUUUAAUUUCUAAAUCGUGUACAUUGCUCUAGGAAACUUGUAAAAAUAUUUAAACUACAUUACGUGUUCUCCAAUUGCUCGAUCGCCCGAGCAAUGUUUGUUUUUAGUUAUUCGAUACUUCUGCUAUUUAUUUGUAUCAGCAUAAGUUCGAUUUUAAUA